AUGAUGAUUAGCAUUCUUACAGUUUAUUUUUCAUCACCAAAACCAUUAGGCAAAACGUGUGCAUAUAUAUUAAAAUCAGAAGCUCACAAUUCGAUAAUCAGUGAUUCUCAUCCACAUUCGAUUGCCGUUGCUGAUGUUAAUAAUGAUAAUCUACCUGAUAUUAUUGUUCCUAAUUCUGGCACAAGUAGUCUGGGAAUAUUUCUUCGACAGGACAAUACUACAUUUAGAGAUCAAAUCACAUAUUCAACUGGUUCUAAUUCACUUCCAUAUGCUGUCUGUGUUGGUGAUUUCAAUCAUGAUCAACAAAUAGAUAUAGCUGUAGCUAAUUAUGGUGCCAAUAAUAUUGGUAUUUUUCUUGCAAAAGGUAAUGGUACUUUCAUGUCACAAAUCACUUUCUCUACUGGCUCAUCUCGUCCACUAUGGAUUGCUGUUGGUGAUAUCAACAAUGACCAACAACUCGAUAUAGUCGUUGCAAAUUAUGGUACUAAUGAUAUAGGCAUUCUUUUUGGAGAUGGUCUUGGAAAUUUUGCAACACCAAAAACAUUUUCAACUGGCUAUGAUUCUGUUCCAUAUUCACUUGUUGUUUCUGAUCUUAACAAUGAUGAUAAACUUGAUAUUAUUGUUGCAAAUCAUGGUACUGACAACAUAGGUUUAUUUUUAGGACAUGGAAAUGGUAUAUUUGAAGCGCAAGUCAUAAUUAGUACUGGAUUUAAAUCUCAACCGUAUUCAGUUGCUGUUAAUGAUUUAAAUAAUGAUACUUAUAUGGAUAUUGUAGUUGCUUGUUCUGGUUUAAAUACAAUUGAUGUUCUCUUAGGCUUUGGAAAUGGAAGUUUCACAAUACCAUACAAAUAUUCAACUAAUAAUAAUUCAUUUCCAUUAUCGCUAGUAAUUGGUGAUUUUGAUGAUGAUACUCAACUUGAUAUUGCUGUAGCAAACUAUCAGGGUGAAAGUGUAGGUAUAUUUUUUGGAUAUGGAAAUGGAUAUUUUACAGAUCAAAUGAUAUUCUUCACUGUCACUUACAAUUUUAAUCCAUAUGCCACUGCUGCUGGUGAUUUCAAUGGUGACAAUCGAUUGGAUAUUGCUGUCGUUAAUUACGAUUACAACUAUGUUGAUAUUGUGCUGACAUAUCGAAAUUAUACUUUCUUAAGUCAAAAUACCUAUUCAACAGGCAUUCCAAGUGGUCCAGUUUCGGUCGCCGUUGCUGACUUUAAUAAUGAUAAACAACUAGAUAUUGUCGUUGCCAAUUUUGGAACAAACAAUAUUGGUAUAUUUUUUGGUUAUGGUACUGGUACUUUCUUAACUCAAAUAACUUAUUCAACUGGAGACAAUUCUCAACCACAUGCAGUUACUAUUGGUGAUUUUAACAAUGAUAAACAACUAGAUAUUGUCGUUGCCAAUUCUGGAACAAACAAUAUUGGUAUAUUUCUUGGUUAUAUUAAUGGCACUUUCUCAAGUCAAACGACCUAUUCGACUGGGGACGGUUCUACACCAUACGAUGUUGCUGCUGGUGACUUUAACAAUGAUGGACAAUUAGACAUUGCCGUUGCCAACUAUUGGGGUUUCAACAUAGGUAUAUUUCUGGGGUAUGGUAACAGGACUUUUUCCAGUCAACAGACCUAUCCAACUGGAGACCUAUCUAACCCCCAAUCUCUUGCUAUUGGUGAUUUUAAUAAUGACAGUCGAUUAGAUAUAGCAGUCGUUAAUUAUUGGAAUUCCAAUGUGGGUAUAUUUCUUGGAUAUGGCAAUGGUACUUUUGCAGAUCAAGUCACCUAUUUGCUUCCAUUUGCCACUUGUCCAUCUGAUAUUGCUAUCGGUGAUGUGAAUAAUGAUGAUCACCAAGAUAUAAUCAUUACUAUGAUUUUCGGUGAAAAUAUUCUUAUUUUCUUUGGAUACGGUAAUGGAACAUUUGUCAAAGGAAAUUCAUAUUCUACUGGUAGUGGUUCUGAACCAUUCUCAAUUACUGUUGGUGACUUAAACAAUGACAAUCAAUUAGACAUCGUCGUAGCUAAUUGUCUCACUGACAAUGUUGUUGUGUUUAUUGGAGAAGGUGGUGGAGCGUUUCCUGUUCAAAGAACUUAUUCAACUGGUGACAAUUCCUGUCCAACUUGGGUCGUUCUGAGUGACAUUAAUAAUGAUAACAUUCUUGAUAUUGUCGUUACCGAUAAUGGCACGAAUAUGAUAGGUGUUUUUCUCGGAUCUUCUUAUAUGAAUGGUAUACUUGAAGAUACAUAUUCAACUGGAUCUUCUCCACAUCCACAUGGUUUAGCUCUUGGUGAUUUCAAUCAUGAUGGUCAAUUAGAUAUCGUCAUAGCAAAUUAUGUUUUAAGUAAUGUAGGAGUACUUUUAGGACAUACAAAUGGAACAUUUCCAUUACAGACAGUAUUUUCCACUGGUGACUUAUCUUUUCCAACUUCAGUUGCCAUUGAUCAUUUAAAUAAUGAUAAUGAAUUAGAUAUUAUUGUAGCUAAUUCCGCAACUGAAAAUGUAGGCAUUCUUCUGGGAUAUGGAAAUGGUAGUUUCACAAAUUUAAAUAUGUAUUCAACUGGAGUUGGUUCUAAUCCACAGGCAGUAACUACUGGUGAUUUCAACAGUGAUCAGAAACUUGAUAUUGCUGUUAUUGAUUCUGGCACUGAUAGGGUAUUAACACUUAUUAGAUAUGAUACUGGAAGUUUUCGAAAGCAAAUAACAUUUUCAACAGGCACAGGUUCAGCUCCACACGCAGUAGCUGUUGCUGAUUUAAACAACGAUGGGUGGUUAGAUUUUGUGUCAUGCAAUUCAGACAAUGUGGGUGUUUUUCUGGGACUGGGUAAUGGUAUCUUUUCCAAUCAAGCAAUAUAUUCGACUGGGAGUAACUCGUUGCCAUUUGCGAUUACUAUUGUUGAUUUGAACAAUGACAGUUAUUUGGAUAUGGUUGUCGCCAAUCUGGGGACUAGCAAUAUAGGUAUUUUUCUUGGAUAUGGGAAUGGUGUAUUCACAAAUCAGACGACUUUCAACACUGGUUAUAAUUCCGGUCCAUGCACAGCCAUCGUUGCAGAUUUUAACAAUGAUAAUCGAUUAGAUAUUGCCGUCGCUCUUACAUUCACUGGUGAAAUGGGUAUUUUGUUAGGACACGACAACGCUACUUUUUCUCCUAUAGUCAUCUAUCCAAUUGGCAGUAAUGCUGAUACAUCAUCAAUCGCUACUAGUGAUUUUAACAACGAUAAUCGAUUAGAUAUUGUCGUGUCCAAUUUUUAUCUUAUCAGUAUAAGUAUUUUUUAUGGGAAGGGUGAUGGUACUUUUUCGAAUCUGACUAGUUAUACAACUGGCAGUAAUUCACAACCAGCAUGGAUCGUCGUCAGUGAUUUGAAUAACGAUGCUAUAUUAGAUAUUGUCGUUGCCAAUUCCGGUGCUGACAAUAUUGGUGUGUUUUUUGGAAAUAAGAAUCAUAGUUUCCAUGAUCAAAUCACUUUUUCAACUGGUAUCGGUUCUACUCCGAAUGCAUUAGUCAUUGAAGAUUUUAAUAAUGACAAUCAACUGGAUAUCGCCUUUGUCAGUUAUGGUACCAAUUCUUUAGGUGUUCUUCUUCAAUGUAUUAAUGGUACCUUUUUUGAUCCACUGACCUACUCAACUGGUGAGAAUUCUCAGCCGUAUUUUCUCGCUGUUGGUGAUUUUAAUAAGGACAGACGUCUCGAUAUUGUCGUCGCUAAUUCUGGUACGGAUAAUACAGGCAUAUUUUUUGGAUAUGUUAGUGAAGAUUUUGUAAAUGCACCAGCUUAUUCCACUGGAUAUUCUUCUCAAGUCACUUCCAUAGCUGUUGGUGAUUUUAACAAUGACACUCGAUUAGAUGUUGUCAUCACCAAUAAUGCUACAAACAAUGUCAAAGUUAUAUUUGGAUCAGGCUAUGGUACUUUUCUCUAUGAUAUAACAUAUUCAACUGGCAAUAGUUCUCAACCAUGUUCAGUUUGUGUUGCUGAUUUAAAUAAUGAUAAUCGAUUAGAUUUUGUCGUUGCAAAUGCUGGUACUCAUACCAUUAGUAUUUUUCUUAGCAAUGGUACUGGUACGUUUUCAAAUCAAAUAACUUAUUCUACUGGUGUUCGUUCUCAGCCAUCUUCAGUUGUUAUUCUCGAUUUUAAUAACGAUACUCAAUUAGAUAUUGCUGUUGCUAGUUAUAGGACUAGUCAUAUCGGCGUAUAUUUUGGUUAUGGUAAUGGAAGUUUUAUGAAUCAACAAAUAUUCUCUAUUGGCUUUAAUUCACAUCCAUUUGCACUUGCUGUUGGUGAUAUAGACAAUAAUAAUUUAACUGAUAUUAUUGCAACUAAUAAUGGAUAUGGUAAUAUAAAUAUUCUUACGAAAACUUGUUAA